AAGUCUGCAAGACAGAUGCUGGGGAACCUGUCCUUGGCAGAGAACAGCCUCAUCUCUGACGGGUCCACCCUGACCGAUCUGGCCCUGGAGACCAUCAACAUCCGCUUCACAACCAUGAGGCCCUUCUUGCCACAGCUUCUCCAGCCUGGCUCUGCCCCCUUUGUCCUGCUGGAAGAGCAGACCCUCCAACAGGUCAGCCCCCUGGUGUCAGGAUUCUAUAAGGAGCACCCCCAGGGAUGUCCCCUGCUCCUCUUCAGUAAUGUGGACCAGUGGGUGGGUGUUUACAUCGAAUACAAGUUCCAGAACCCACUCUCCACCAACCUCCGAGGCCUGGCCGAUCACCUGGCCCAAAACCUGAUGGACCCCACCCUCCAGAAAUCCAGCAUCAGGGCUAACGGGGAGAAGGCAGAGCUGGUGCCAUAUGAGAUGCUGCUGCACGUCCUGGACCAACCCUUCACCCAGGCCUUGAAGGACAAAACCAGCCCUGAGUUCCAGGAGCUUCAGGGGCAGCUGAUGAGAGGGCUGACCACCAUCCUCAGACCUCUGCAGAACUUUGGCCAAGUUGUGGUGGAAGAGUUCCUGCUGGACCCGCUGAUGGCCAGAGUGAGUGCCAUCUUCUUCAGGGCCGCGCCGGCCGAGGCCUUUGUGCAGGACUUCAUGCACCAAGGUCUCCACAGUCUGUGGGAAGCCGAGGGCCUCUCAGUAGAGAUGAUCAUCCCACACCUCGGCCUCCCAAGCUCCGGAGCCACAGGUCAGCCUGACACCUCCACCCUCUGCUAUGCUGUGGCUGUCACUGUCCUGAGCCUCCUGCUGUUUGCAGUUUCCCUUGUCCUGGUGCUGAAGUGGAAGGCCUGCUGCCCAGGGUUCAGUCUGGGGGUCCUGAAACCCCACUCCUAGAGUUGUAAUGCCCAGUGAAGCAGGAGGACCCUCUCUAGAGAGGUCUUCCCCAGACAGUCCCUCAACUCUGAGAAGUGAAUCUGGAGCCCCAGCACCUUGACUUUCCCAGGAGUCCAGAGCCAGAGAGGGCAAGGCACCAGCCCAAAGUCACACAGCAAGGGAUGGCCCCUUCCCUUCUGGGACUGGACUCUCAGGGCCAGGACAGAGGUGGAGUGGGGGAAAGAAACACUUUGUCAGCCACACCAGGGAGAUCAGCUAAGCUUUAACCCCAAGUUCCCCACCUCUCACCCCCAAAUUGCA